ACUAUUCUAAGAACAUAAUUUUCAAAAUGUGUGAGUGCUUUCCAAAAAUGAGAGAUUUAGAAGACAACUACGACCAUGAAGAUAAUGAAAAUGACAUGGAAUAUAUAUUAGAAUGUGUUCUAAUGGAGGACGAUGGUAGUGACGAAUAUAAAGAAUUAAGGAAUAAUUACAAUUCCCAGCUAACUCAGAGCUGCAAAUGUUCGAAAGGCGUUUGCUCUGAUCUCGCAGAGUGCCCACAUGGAGGUGCUUAUAAGUAUAGCUCAAAUAAAAGUGAAUUGGUUCUGAAAUCAAACAAUAGUCUUCCUAUUUUUGAAUGUAAUGGCUCUUGUGAAUGUGGCAUCAAUUGUGGCAAUAGACUUGUGCAGAAUGGUCCACGAAGAGAUUUGGAGAUUUUCGAUUCUCCUUUAUACCAUUCCAAAGGCGUCCGCACAACUGUUAACAUCCCUCAAGGAGCUUUCAUCUGUGAAUACGCAGGCGAACUGAUAACUAAGACUGAGUCACAACGAAGGAUAGAGGUAAAUGAUAGCCUCGGUUACAUGAACUAUGUGCUGUGCUUAAAGGAGUUUGCCUCAGAAGAAAUUUCGGAAGUCACUAUUGUAGAUCCAUGUAGGCGGGGCAAUAUUGGACGCUACCUGAACCACAGUUGUCAGCCCAAUUGCCAGAUUAUGGCCGUGCGGGUAGAAUGCCCAAUACCCAAGAUUGGAAUCUUUGCAUCACGGGACAUUCAUGCCCUCGAGGAGCUCUGUUUCCAUUAUGGCGGAGAAGAAACAAGGCCGAAAACAGGUUCUUGCAAAAUCUGUUUGUGUGGCAGUUUAAAUUGCUCGGGUUUCAUGCCAAAUACUGAAAUGAAUCUUUGAGAAAAACAGUUAUCAGAGCUUAUUCUGCACAUCGCUUUCAAGUGGAGGCAACUUUUCC